CAGCGGCAGGAGGGAGGAGCGCGGCAAGCUCUGGCGAGAAUGGCGGUGAGGCAGAGGCAGAGUGAGAGGCGGCGGCGAGCGGUCGGUCGAGCGGUGCUGCUGCCAGCUUUGCUGCUGGUGGUGUGCUGCCGGGCGGCGGCGGAGAGGAUCCGGUACGCCAUCCCCGAGGAACUGGGCAGAGGCUCGCUGGUGGGGCCGCUGGCGCGGGACCUGGGACUGAGCCCGGCGGAGCUGCCGGCACGCAAGCUGCGGCUCAGCGCGGAGAAGCAAUACUUCACGGUGAGCGGGGAGAGCGGGAACCUGUACGUGAGCGAGAGGCUGGACCGGGAGGAGAUGUGCGGCGAGUCGACGUCCUGCUCCGUCAGCUUCGAGGCGCUGGUGCAGAACCCGCUCAACGUUUUCCACGUCGAGGUGGCCAUCCAGGACGUCAACGACAACGCGCCGACCUUCAGCAAGGCUGCUCUCCACCUCGAGAUCGGUGAAUGGACCACUCCCGGGGCUCGUUUUCCGCUGGAGAUGGCCCGAGACGCAGAUGUGGGCAGCAAUUCAUUACUGACUUACCAACUCGCUGCCAACCCGUCCUUUACUCUGGCCCUCAAGGAGAGCCCGGAUGGAAGCAAGGAGCCGGAAUUAGUGCUGGAGAGAGAGCUGGACCGGGAGAAGCAGAGCUCCUUUGAGCUGGUGCUGACGGCGGUGGAUGGCGGGGACCCCGUGAAAUCGGGGACUGUCCAGGUUCGCGUGAACGUGACGGACGCCAACGACAACGCGCCCGUGUUCAGCAAGAGCGUGUACGAGGCGCGAGUGCGGGAGAAUGUGCCGUCCGGGUCGCUGGUGGUGCGGGUGCGAGCCACGGAUGCGGACGCGGGGUCCAACGGGCGGGUAUCCUACUCCUUCGGCAACGUCCCGGACGGCGUCCGCGCCUUGUUCAGUGUCGAGAGCGACAGCGGCGAGGUGAGGACGGCGGGGCCCCUGGAUUUCGAGGAGAAGAGGAAAUACAGCUUCGGUCUGGAGGCGAGAGACGGCGGCGGCCUCACCGGGCACUGCAAGGUGCAGAUCGACAUCAGCGACGAGAACGACAACGCUCCCGAAAUCACGGUGUUGUCGGUGUCGAGCCCGGUGCCCGAGGACGCGCCGGCCGGCACGGUGGUGGCCCUGUUGAAAGUGCGGGACCGUGACUCCGGGGAGAACGGUCAGGUGUGGUGCGAGCUGUCGGGCGAGGCGCCGCUGUCGAUGGUGUCGUCGUCGGUGGGGUCGUACAAGGUGGUGACGGCGGGCGCGCUGGACCGCGAGCAGGCGUCCGAGCACCGAGUGACGGUGGUGGCCAGGGACCGGGGCAGCCCGUCGCUGUCGAGCCGCGCGUCGCUGGUGCUGGAGGUGUCGGACGUGAACGACAACGCGCCGGUGUUCGAGGAGGCGGCCUACAGCGCCUACGUGGCGGAGAACAACGCGGCGGGCGCGCCGGUGGUGCGCGUGCGCGCGCGGGACGCGGACGCGGGCGCCAACGGGCGCGUGAGCUACUGGCUGGCGGGCGGCAGCGCGGGCGCGGCGCCCUACGUGUCGGUGGAGGCGCGGAGCGGCGCGGUGUACGCGCAGCGCUCCUUCGACUACGAGCAGUGCCGCGAGUUCGCGGUGGCGGUGCGGGCGCAGGACGGCGGGGCGCCGGCGCGGAGCUCCACGGCCACGGUGCGCGUCUUCGUGCUGGACCGCAACGACAACGCGCCGCGGGUGCUCUGGCCGGCGGCGGCGGCGGGAGCGUCGUCGUUGCCGGCGGCGUUCGAGGUGGUGCCGCGUUCGGCCGAGGCCGGCUACCUGGUGGGCAAGGUGGUGGCGGUGGACGCGGACGCGGGGCGCAACGCGUGGCUGUCGUACGAGCUGGUGCAGGCGUCGGAGCCGUCGCUGUUCCGCGUGGGGCUGCACAGCGGCGAGGUGCGGACGGCGCGGGCCGUGUCGGAGAGGGACGCGGCGAAGCAGCGUGUGGUGGCCGUGGUGAAGGACCACGGGCAGCCGGCGCUGUCGGCCACGGCCACGCUGCACGUGGUGCUGGCCGAGAGCUUGCAGGAGGCGCUGCCGGAGCUGAGCGAGCGGGCGGCGGGCGCCGACUCGCCGGCCGAGCUGCAGUUCUACCUGGUGCUGGCGCUGGCGCUGCUCUCCGCCCUCUUCCUGCUGAGCGUGGCGCUGGCCGUGCUGGCGCGGCUGCGCCGGGCCGGGCCGCCCGCCGUGCUGCGCUGCCUGGGCGCGCAGCGCUUCUCCGUGCCCGGCGCCGCCUUCCCGGCCGACUUCUGCGAGGGCACCUUGCCCUACUCCUACAACCUGUGCGUGGCGCCGGCCCGCGCCGUGGCCGAGGGCGCUUGGCUGCCGCCGCCGCUGCCCAGCGUGCCCGCGGAGGAGCUGCUCGGCGCGGAGCCCUGCGGGAAGCCGAGCCCGAGCAGCAGCGCCGGCGCGGGAGAGCCGCCCGCCGACGCCCCGCAGGUGUGUAAGCCCUCUCUCGGUUGUUCUUGAUCUGUGCUGCACCUCCGUGCCUGUUCCCCUGGGAUUGGAUGGAGUGGAUGGGAGCUGGUGUGAAUGGCGAGCGCUGGUCCUUGUGUCCGUGAAGAAAUGAAAGAUUGGCAUAACUCUAUUCCAUUCAGAGCAGGUCGUUAG